UCCCUGUCUUGCGUGAGCAUGCCGGAUAUUACGGAGGAACCAGGAGCCCACACGGGAAAAGCCGAAAGAGGAAACUUACACUGACAGGAACAUUGACAAAAAAGACUCUCCAAUGGUAAACGGCCUGAGUAAACUCUUAUUUAUCCACCAUCUUUGGGGUUAAUAAUGCUCGGAGGUGCAAAACGAACUGCACGGUGGUCAUGUGAUAACACGGUGGUCAUGUGAUAACACGGUGGUCAUGUGAUGUACACGGAAGUGUAACUCCUCCGUACUGCAGUUGUCAGUACCUUGCAGAGUUUUAGAAGCGGUCUACACCGUUAACGUCUAGUAGUAUAUUCAAAUAGCUGGUUAAUGUAGCAUAGGUUAGUAGUCAGCUCGUAUCUAGUCCUCUCUGCCGCCAUGUUGUUGUUGAGUGUUGUGAGCAGUGUCUGUCUGCUCCUAGCGACGCUACAGGCAGAGCUGGUACAAUGUGACGCCGUAUUGAACAUCUCUACAGGUGAGAAUGUCGGACAACUCGGGAAGGAUUCGGUGCAGCUCGUGACUAACUCGUCCAACGGCACCGAGCUAACCUACGGCUUCGUCUCGUGCGGAGUGGCCGUUCUGUUUUACGGUUCUAACUUUGUCCCCGUGAAGAAAAUACCCACCGGAGACGGUCUGUUCUUCCAGUGGGUGCUGUGUGCAGCAGUCUGGAGCGUCUCUCUGGUGGUCAACAUUAUUCUGGGGUCUCCCACCUUCUGGCCUCUAGCCAUGCUGGGGGGGGGCAUCUGGGCUACAGGUAACAUCACGGUGGUCCCCAUAGUGAAAACCAUCGGUCUGGGCCUGGGCCUCCUCAUCUGGGCCUCUUUCAACCUCCUCAUUGGUUGGGCAAGCUCCAGGUUUGGCUGGUUUGGGAUCGAUGCUGAGGAAGUUUCUAACCCAACACUCAACUACUGUGGAGCAGGUUGCUGUCUGCUCAGUGCUGUAAUCUUCUUCUUUGUGAAGAGUGAUGUUCACAGUCAGUCCUCCAGACCAGAGGAAGAGGAGCCACUACUCCUAGACGGGCGUGUAAAUGCAGAUGGUGUGACGUCGUCUGAUGACUCGUGGGUCGACACACUAAGACCGCGGACCAAAAGACUGGUUGGUUCUCUCCUGGCUGUAGCAGCAGGGUUGUUGUAUGGUACCUCCUUUGUUCCAGUUCUCUACAUUAAGAACCAUGCAGCACAUCAUGACAGCCGCUUCACCGGGGCCAGUCAGUUUGAUCUGGACUAUGUGUUUGCCCAGUUCAGUGGGAUAUUCCUGACCAGUACUGUCUACUUCCUGAUCUACUGCGCUGCCAUGAAGAACACACCCAGAGUCUACCCUAGAGCAAUACUACCUGGCUUUGUCUCUGGGGUGAUGUGGGGUGUGGCUACCUGCUGCUGGUUUCUGGCCAACACCUACCUGAGUGCUGUGGUCAGUUUCCCCAUAAUAACCACGGGUCCUGGUCUGAUUGCAGCUCUUUGGGGAGUGGUGGUCUUUAAGGAGGUUAAGGUGCCAUGGCAACAAUUGAACAAGAGGAAGGAAAAAGGAAACCGCACUGCUCUUGAUAGUAUCACCGAUAUUUAAUAAGUUUACGUAUCGGCCUCACGGCCUUAGUCAGAGCUUUUGGGAUUUUUUAAAAAGUUGCACCCUUAUGUAGAUCUGGCCCCACCCACAUCCGUUCUACACAUCGAAGUAGGUUUAGGUUUUAAAAAUGUUUUUUCUUUACAUCCUAGCCUGUGAUGUCACAGAGAAGCAUUCUUUACAUCCUAGCCUGUGAUGUCACAGAGAAGCAUUCUUUACAUCCUAGCCUGUGAUGUCACAGAGAAGCAUUCUUUACAUCCUAGCCUGUGAUGUCACAGGGAAGCAUUCUUUACAUCCUAGCCUGUGAUGUCACAGGGAAGCAUUCUUUACAUCCUAGCCUGUGAUGUCACAGGGAAGCAUUCUUUACAUCCUAGCCUGUGAUGUCACAGAGAAGCAUUCUUUACAUCCUAGCCUGUGAUGUCACAGAGAAGCAUUCUUUACAUCCUAGCCUGUGAUGUCACAGAGAAGCAUUCUUUACAUCCUAGCCUGUGAUGUCACAGAGAAGCAUUCUUUACAUCCUAGCCUGUGACGUCACAGAGAAGCAUUCUUUACAUCCUAGCCUGUGACGUCACAGAGAAGCAUUCUUUACAUCCUAGCCUGUGACGUCACAGAGAAGCAUUCUUUACAUCCUAGCCUGUGACGUCAAAGAGAAGCAUUCUUUACAUCCUAGCCUGUGACGUCACAGAGAAGCAUUCUUUACAUCCUAGCCUGUGACGUCACAGAGAAGCAUUCUUUACAUCCUAGCCUGUGACGUCACAGAGAAGCAUUCUUUACAUCCUAGCCUGUGACGUCACAGAGAAGCAUUCUUUACAUCCUCGCCUGUGACGUCACAGAGAAGCAUUCUUUACAUCCUAGCCUGUGACGUCACAGAGAAGCAUUCUUUACAUCCUAGCCUGUGACGUCACAGAGAAGCAUUCUUUACAUCCUAGCCUGUGACGUCACAGAGAAGCAUUCUUUACAUCCUAGCCUGUGACGUCACAGAGAAGCAUUCUUUACAUCCUAGCCUGUGACGUCACAGAGAAGCAUUCUUUAGAUCCUAGCCUGUGACGUCACAGAGAAGCAUUCUUUAGAUCCUAGCCUGUGACGUCACAGAGAAGCAUUCUUUACAUCCUAGCCUGUGACGUCACAGAGAAGCAUUCUUUACAUCCUAGCCUGUGACGUCACAGAGAAGCAUUAUUUAAAUCCUAGCCUGUGACGUCACAGGGAAGCAUUCUUUACAUCCUAGCCUGUGACGUCACAGGGAAGCAUUCUUUACAUCCUAGCCUGUGACGUCACAGGGAAGCAUUCUUUACAUCCUAGCCUGUGACGUCACAGGGAAGCAUUCUUUACAUCCU